UCGUAGGAUGCCGAGUACUGCUUUGCAGCGAGAGCUUAUAGACAGAAGAACUACGACGAGUGAUGCUUCAUCCUCUACUGAUAUCACGACGCAAUUACAAAUCCCCUCACCACCAGUACCACCGCUAAUACCAGCAACAGCGCCUUCUCCAAUUAUAUUGUACAGUCACCCACCACCACCUAAUAUAUUAUAUAAUUCAGCGGCAUCUUCACAGCGAGUUGAUCUUAAAACAUCAAUAACUCACCCAAUAAAUGUCAGCUGGAUAUUACCCGAAGAAUUACUUGGCGGCUUGUCAAUAGAACCGUUACCACCUUCAUUGGAUUUGUUUGACGUGUACACGUCAGCUUCAUUAUGUGAACGAUAUAAUACCUUUCGAAGUAAUAGCGGUAUUUCUACAUCUCAAACACAACAAAUGAUUAAUAAUCAGAAUAGAAACGUCACCACAGCCACGGACAUUAAUUCUUCUUCGACGACUGAAAAUAAUAGUAGUAGUAAUAAUAACCUUACACGUAGAUUACUCGGAAAUUUAGCAUUAAGCUCCUGCCCAGGAAAAAAAGUUCGACUAACUGGUCCUGUUCGAGGAAGAGCGACAAUUAAUCGCGAUUUAGAUUUAGACUUUCAACGGUUAAAAACACUUGGAAUCUCUGUUAUUGUUUGUUGUUUGGAUGACGAGGAAUUGAAGUUUCUAGGAGCCCCAUGGGCGCAAUACAAGGAAUUGGCACAGCAUCAUAACUUGGAAAUAAUAAGAUUACCAAUGGUUGAAGGUGGAUGUCCAGAUUCAGUGGAACAACUAGAAGACAUCAUUACAAAAUUGGAUAAUCAUAUAGAGAAUGAACGACGAGUACUUGCUCAUUGUCGGGGUGGUGUUGGACGUGCUGGAUUGAUUGCGUGCUGUUGGCUACUUAAACGACGGUAUUGUCAUAGUGCUGAGAGGUCAAUACAGAUGGUGCGGAUGCGACGAAGUCCGAAAGCUAUUGAAACAAUGCAGCAAGUUGAUUUUAUUAUGCAAUAUGCAAAUUAUAUUGACUGGACGCGGCGGCAGCAACAGCAGUCGCCACAACAACAGCAAGAAUCAUCAUGA